CACAACUUAUUCGCACGGCCUACUGUGAUAAAAAAUGAACUAGCUUCUUCGCCAUCUGACGCACGGCACAGAACCUUUACUUAAAGUCUGCUGAAAAUGGAUGUCUUCUAACCUUGCUUCUUCUGCUGCCCAGUUAGCAGCUGUCCUACAUGAUCCCAUGACUCUUGAUAUGGAUGCUGUCCUCUCUGACUUCGUUCAGUCCACGGGGGCAGAGCCUGGUCUAGCCAGAGACUUGUUGGAAGGCAAAAACUGGGAUUUCACUGCUGCGCUGAGUGACUAUGAACAGCUCAGGCAGGGGCACACAGCGAACCUGCCCCAGGUGUUCAACGAAGGAAGGUAUCCUAAGCAGCAGCCACAGCAGCAGCAGGAUAAGGACCCUUCCCAGCAGGUGAACAAGAGUGAGCGCCUCUCUCUUCCUAGACAGGAGGAUCUCUCUCAAGAGAAGAGGCUUUCUAGAGGAAUAUCUCAUGCCAGUUCCACCAUCGUCUCGCUCGCUCGCUCCCACGUGGCCACCGAAUGCAACAAUGACCAUUUCUCUCUGGAGAUGCCCAUCUACACAUUCCAACUCCCUGACCUCAGUGUUUACAGUGAAGAUUUUAGGAGCUUCAUUGAACGGGACCUGAUUGAGCAGGCAACCAUGAUUGCUUUGGAACAAGCUGGUCGACUCAACUGGUGGUCCACAGCGUGUACCAGCUGUAAACGCCUUCUUCCGUUGGCAACCACCGGCGAUGGAAACUGCCUCUUGCAUGCUGCUUCUUUGGGAAUGUGGGGGUUUCACGAUCGGGACCUUGUAUUACGGAAAGCACUUUAUACCAUGAUGCGAAGCGGGGCUGAAAGGGAAGCUUUGAAAAGAAGGUGGAGGUGGCAGCAGACACAGCAAAAUAAAGAGUCUGGAUUAGUUUAUACCGAAGAAGAAUGGGAGCGUGAGUGGAAUGAACUGCUAAAGCUGGCAUCCAGUGAACCCCGCACUCACAUCAGCAAAAAUGGAGGCAGUGGUGGUGGAGUGGAAAAUUCUGAAGACCCCGUAUAUGAAAGUCUGGAGGAGUUCCAUGUUUUUGUGCUAGCCCAUAUAUUAAGGCGACCGAUUGUCGUUGUGGCAGAUACAAUGCUGCGGGAUUCAGGAGGAGAAGCGUUUGCCCCCAUCCCCUUUGGUGGGAUUUACUUGCCUUUGGAAGUCAUGUCCAACCGAUGUCAUUGCUCGCCUCUCGUCCUCGCCUAUGACCAAGCGCAUUUCUCUGCCCUUGUGUCAAUGGAACAGAAAGAUCAGCAGAAGGAACAAGCGGUGAUCCCUCUGACCGAUUCUGAACAUAAGUUACUGCCUUUGCACUUUGCGGUUGAUCCGGGAAAAGACUGGGAAUGGGGGAAGGAUGACAAUGAUAACACCAAAUUGGCCAAUUUGAUUCUGUCUCUCGAGGCAAAGCUUAGCCUUCUGCACAGCUACAUGAAUGUCACCUGGAUUCGCAUGCCAUCAGAAACACGGGCACCUUUGGCUCAACCAGAGUCUCCUACCGCAUCAGCGGGAGAAGAUGUUCAGUCCCUGGCGGAUUCCAUGGAUUCAGACAGAGAUUCCAUCUGCAGCAAUUCUAACGGCAAUAACGGCAAAAACGGGAAAGAGAAAGAGAAGCAGAGGAAGGAGAAAGAGAAAAACCGGGGGGAUUCCGUUGCUAACAAACUUGGGAGUCUCAGUAAGACUCUGGGCAUCAAGCUGAAGAAGAACAUGGGUGGCCUCGGGGGGUUAAUGCACGGCAAGAUCAACCGAGCCAAUUCAGGGAAUGGGAAAAACGGGGAGAUGACGGAGAAGGCUAAAGAGAAGAAAUCCAAAUUGCGUAAAGGAAGCAAAGAGGAAUCGGGCCACUCUGCGAGCAUGUCCCCCUCGGAAAAGACGACCCCCUCUCCCACGGAGAAGGCCAGCAUCUCCCCGGCUGAAAAAGCAAGCUCUAAAUCCCCAUCGGAGCGGCAGUCGGAUCCCUGGAAGUACAGCACCGACGUGAAGCUGAGCCUCAACAUCUUGAGGGCCGCCAUGCAAGGGGAGCGGAAGUUCAUUUUCGCUGGCCUUCUGCUGACCAGCCACAGGCACCAGUUCCAUGAGGAGAUGAUUGGCUAUUACUUGACCAGUGCCCAAGAGCGCUUCAGCGCCGAGCAAGAGCAGAAGAGGAAGGAGGCUGAGAAGAAGGCCGCUCCUCUCGGUGGCUCCUCGAGCAGAAAACUGGAACAGGAAGGAUUGUCCAAGGAGAAGCCGGAUUCGUCUCCUCAGGGGAGGGCAUCACCAGUGUUGCCUCAAAGCCAUACAACCCAGCUGGUUUUAAAGUUCAAAGACCGUGCGAGUCCCACACCGGGGUCGUUUUCCUCACCUAGCAAUGGUGCCAAGAAAAGCAGGCCCGUCCCGGUAUCUGCCCACUAUAGCCAUACGCCCCCCGUUCAAAGGCAGAGCGUCAUUCAUUUGCACGACUUCAACUCCAAGCCAUCAAGCUUCCAAGGGGAUGCCUACAAGCCUGUCGUGGGCACCCUAAAAACGUGUGCCACCUACCCCCAGCAGAACCGCUCAUUGUCUUCGCAGAGUUACAGCCCAGCCCGGAUAGCAGACAUCCGCACGGUCAACACCGUGGAAUCCUUGGCCUGUGCUCUGCCCACGGACCCCAAGUCGCAGACCUGCACCAACGGGUUCAACGGCAGCGACGUCAGGGACGGCUUGGAGUUCGUGGAUGAAGACGCUCCGUCAACGUGGUUGAACAAUGACAAAAAUCGCAGCCGGGCCACCGUUUGCCCCAUGUAUUCGAUCCAGCAGAACCGGUGCAAGCGGGAGAAUUGUUCCUUUUACGGCCGCCCCGAAACCAAGAACUUCUGUUCCUGCUGCUACAGGGAGGAACUGAAACGCAGGGAGCGAGAAAGUAAAGGGCCCCGGCAUUGAAGGCGGUGGAGUUCCUCCAAUAAACAUUUAUUUCGUUUGUUUUCUUACUUAGGAAAUAUGUGGUGAGGGACUGCAGAGGAAAGGAAGGGGGAAUUCUAUAGAAGGAUCUAGCAGUGUUUCUCAACCUUGGCCACCUGAAGGUGGGUGGACUUCAACUCCCAGAAUUCCCCAG